GGUGGCUCGCGAAAAUGUUGCGAUGCAAAAAAAUACGAAAGAUGCGGUCAUUCAUAUAUAUGUGUCACUUGUUUUGCAUGGUAGUUAUCAGUUUUACGAUCGCGUUACCGAUAAACAAAAAUUCCGUCAAUGUGAUACAUCCUGUCGUGCCUGAUAUCGUUAGGAUAUCAAAUCAGAAUUUAUUGCGUCUUUAUGAGUCGUCGCAAGAUCCAGAAGUCCGUCCUGGUUUACUCGAGGGAGAUAUAGCUGUAACCAACAAGUACUUCGAUUAUUGGCGUGUCGGUCUACGCUGGGAUGUUUUUCCAGAUAAACUAUGGGAGAACAGGACAGUUCCUUAUGUGAUUAGCGCUCUGUAUGACGCAGCGGAUUAUGUGAAAAUAUAUAAAGCCAUAACAUAUAUAAAUUACAUGACGUGUAUCAAGUUUGUUCCAUGGGACGGUAAAAUAAAGGAUUUCUUACUGAUAUGGCCGAUAAUGUAUCCCAAAGGGUGCUGGUCAUUCGUGGGGAAAUUCGGUGGAGCACAAAUACUCUCUUUAGAACCACCAGAUGAGAAAGGACCAAACUGCUUGGAAAAUGAGGGAAAAGCGAUACACGAGUUGAUGCAUGCUCUUGGUAUCUUCCACGAGCACAGUCGCGCCGAUAGAGAUGUGUAUAUAGACAUACACUAUGAGAAUAUUAUUCUUGGAUUUAAAUCCAACUUCGACAAGCAAUCGCCAGAAAAUGCAACGUAUAACUAUGAAUACGGAUAUGACAGCAUAAUGCAUUAUGGAAGCCACUUCUUUAGCGUAGAUCCUUCAAAACCGACUAUGACACCGAAAACAUCGGGUGUCACGAUCGGCCAGCGAAAAGCGAUGAGUAAAACCGAUUGUUUAAAGCUGAACGAUCUGUAUGGAUGCCUAGACAAACCGGAGGAAGCACAAAUAUAUUACAAUAUUUGCAAAGUGUUGGGAUUAUAAAUCUAUACCAUUAAAAAUAAUUUGUUUUAAAAAUAUUAAUGAUGCUCUCCAGAUAGUAAGAAGUUAAACUUCUAAAGGUAAAAAAAUAUAAAUCAAUAUUUACUUAAAAAUAUAUAUUAUGAAAUUUCAAUCCAGUGUACUUUAUCCUCUCAAUGCUUAAUAUUUUAUCUUGACUGAAUUCAUCUUGUAAUUAAUUUAUCAAUAUAUGAACAAUGUCACAGAAAGUGCCAAGUUUUUGGUUGUGAUUCAUUUCUUGAUCUUCCACAUUCUGCAACAAUAAAUUUAUAUAUAAUUAUUAAAAUUUGAUUUAAAGAUUUUUUUAUAAUCGUACAAGAUAGCUUAAAUUAUCAGUUCUUCUUAGAGGUAAAUGAAUGUGUGUGUAAUCAUAAUGAUAUCAUAAACCAGUAUCAUCAUACAUAUAAAACACUUAUUAAAAGAUUUAUAAAA